AUGUCUCCCUCAGGGGUUCACACAUCCCUGAGGAGGCAGAACGACCCGAGUCCUCCAGCAAGCCCGGGAAGACGACUCCUACUGCCCGACCUGACUCCUUCCACGGAGACCACGGUUUCUGUUCCGAAAUUUGGCAAGAUUCCUUGGCUUAGUGAGGCCAGCCUCAUAAACAAGCCAUUAGUGCUCAGCCUCCCCAAAAGAUAUCCUCAGAACUCUGCCGCUUUCCUGAUUUCAUCCAAGAAUAUGAAUUUGCCUGUUUUAUUUCAAGUUCCAGAUGUCUUAUCUAAGGCCAGGAGGAUCCAGAGUAACCCCAUGCUGAUCAGAAAUAAGCAGCUGUGCUCCACAUGUCAAGAAAUAAAAAUGAGGGAACAACCAAAACCUGUGAUAAUCCCUCAUAAUCUGAAACUAUCCUUUGAGAAUCUUAUGAGCCAUAGAAUGAGUCUUCAUCCACCAAAAGCCCAAGCUGUACUCAAACAUUCCCAUAAUGACAUCUCAACAGAGAGCAUUCACUACAGACUGCCCAUUCUGGGCCCCAGGACAGCUGUCUUCAAUAAACUGCUGGCAGAUACCUAUGCAACUCUGCAGGAGACACAACUCUCUUCCUUGCCCAGAAAGGAGCCAAUGGGCAAGACAGUGAGGCAGUGAGUGGUUG